UCAAAUCCGAGCGUCGCCAUUGGCUGCGGUGGAUGCUGCGCUGUCCGCGACGUCAUCCGGCCGACAGCACGUUUAUCUAUCUCGCCGGCCGCACACUCGCCCAGGAAUGAGCUAAGUUCAGCUUUUUGGGAAACACAGGAGACUGGUCGCCGGUGAAGUCGAGACGAGCGAUCUCCGCCCGCAUCCGCAGCGCACCAUGAGGGAAAUCGUUCACAUCCAGGCUGGACAGUGUGGAAAUCAGAUCGGGGCGAAGUUCUGGGAGGUGAUAAGCGAUGAACACGGCAUCGAUCCCACCGGCAGUUACCAAGGUGACAGUGACCUGCAGCUGGAGAGGAUAAACGUCUACUACAAUGAGGCAUCAGGCAGCAAAUUUGUCCCCCGCGCCAUCCUGGUGGACCUGGAGCCGGGAACCAUGGACUCCGUCCGCUCUGGCCCGUUCGGACAGCUAUUCAGGCCCGACAACUUCGUCUUCGGUCAAAGUGGAGCAGGAAACAACUGGGCCAAGGGUCACUACACCGAGGGAGCAGAACUGGUGGACUCGGUGCUGGACGUGGUGAGGAAGGAGUCCGAGAACUGCGACUGCCUGCAGGGCUUCCAGCUCACCCACUCCCUGGGCGGCGGCACCGGCUCCGGCAUGGGCACGCUGCUCAUCAGCAAGAUCCGCGAGGAGUACCCGGACCGCAUCAUGAACACCUUCAGCGUCAUGCCCUCCCCGAAGGUGUCCGACACGGUGGUGGAGCCCUACAAUGCCACGCUGUCCGUCCACCAGCUGGUGGAGAACACCGACGAGACCUUCAGCAUCGACAACGAGGCCCUGUACGACAUCUGCUUCCGCACCCUCAAACUCACGACGCCCACGUACGGCGACCUCAACCACCUGGUGUCGGCCACCAUGAGCGGCGUCACCACCUGCCUGCGCUUCCCCGGCCAGCUCAACGCCGACCUGCGCAAGCUAGCCGUCAACAUGGUGCCCUUCCCGCGCCUGCACUUCUUCAUGCCGGGCUUCGCCCCGCUCACCAGCCGCGGCAGCCAGCAGUACCGCGCCCUGUCCGUGCCCGAGCUCACGCAGCAGAUGUUCGACGCCAAGAACAUGAUGGCGGCCUGCGACCCGCGCCACGGCCGCUACCUCACCGUGGCGGCCAUCUUCCGCGGCCGCAUGUCCAUGAAGGAGGUGGACGAGCAGAUGCUGAGCGUGCAGAACAAGAACAGCAGCUACUUCGUGGAGUGGAUCCCCAACAACGUGAAGACGGCCGUGUGCGACAUCCCGCCGCGCGGCCUCAAGAUGUCCGCCACCUUCAUCGGCAACAGCACGGCCAUCCAGGAGCUGUUCAGGAGGAUCUCGGAGCAGUUCACCGCCAUGUUCCGCCGCAAGGCCUUCCUGCACUGGUACACGGGCGAGGGCAUGGACGAGAUGGAGUUCACGGAGGCCGAGAGCAACAUGAACGACCUGGUGUCCGAGUACCAGCAGUACCAGGACGCCACGGCCGACGAGAUGGGCGAGUACGAGGAGGACGAGAUGGAGGACGAGGAGGACGCCCGCCAUGACGUCCGCCACUGACGCCUCUCCAUUCCAGCCGUUGUCGCCGAACAGAUCACAGGAAGCACGCCAACGACGCAGAUGUUCCCCUCCAGCCGUGCGCACACCACGAUGAAAUAUGGCUGUUUAGCAGAAAUGAUGCCGCACCUACAUUUGGCUUAUACUAACAGAGAACGUGAGCGAUGUUACGACCUUAAGACAAGUGUUCUGGCCUUUGAAUUUCCACCUCAUGUAUCAACGAGGAAGUGAAGUCUUGUCUUAAUUACAGUUUUGUAGCAUUUGCGUUAACAUAUCAAAUAAAAAAGUCCAGUCUUGUCAGGA